AAUCCACUCUCAACUCCAACGACCCCCACUCUCCAUUUAUUCUCCCCCUUCUUUCCUCCCCCGCCCCACGCUCUUCCUCCUCCUUCGUCGUCGCCGGUAACCCCCGCGGAGCCGCGUUGAUAGCUCGCCGUAGGGGGAUUUGUCUGCCGUCGCUACGGCAGAUAUCAGUGCUGGAGCGUGGUUACUGACAGGGUGCGGCUGCAUUCGGCCUCCCGGCUUCUCCUUCACGCGCGCGCUUGGCCUCCCUACAAGGCUCUGUCUGACUGGCUCUGAAGACGUCUGAAGGUUAAACCAAGCUCCCUGCGCUGCUGCCCAAGCGGCCGACCCUUCCUGCCGCCGAUAGACCCGUGCUGGAUGCCUGGAUCCUCUGUCUAGUGCUGCCGCUGCCAGCGCUACUCAUCCUCAUCCUCACCCUAGUGGAGUGGAGAUCCGUCCAGGCGUGGAUUGAUUUCUUCUUUUUCUGGAUGUUGGAGCUCAGGUAAUAGCCACCCAUGGAAGCAAUGGAGGCCGAAGAAGGUCCUUUUCUGGCUAAUGAUGCCAAGUUGCACGCAGGAAUUUGUAGAGCAUUUCAUCCUUCUGUAUCUAAACUUUCCACCAUUUUCCCCUUUAUCGAAGCAUCAAGACCCAGAAGCAAGUCUGGUAUACAGGCAUUGUGUUCACUACAUGUGGCUCUUGAUAAAGCCAAGGGGCUUCUUCAACAUUGUGCAGACUGCAGCAGACUCUACUUGGCAAUCACUUCGGAAACUGUGCUUUUAAAGUUUGAGAAGUCUAGAAGCCAGCUUCAGGAGAGUCUAAGGCGCAUUGAAAGCAUAGUAACUGAAGAUAUCGGCUGUAAGAUUGUGGAGAUUGUUGGUGAACUGGAGCAAAUUGUUUUUACAUUGGAUAGAUCAGAGAAGGAAGCUGGUGAUGAGCUGAUCAAUUUGCUACAGAGAAACAAUAAAACAAAUGGUUCUAGUGAUAAUGGGGAACUUGAGGUCUUCCAUAUUUCUGCUCUUAAAUUGGGAAUUACAUCUUCUAGGGCAGCACUCACCGAAAGAAGAGCCCUUAAGAAGCUAAUUGAGAAGGCUCGUUCUGAUGAAGACAAGCGUAAGGAGCUUGUUGUGUCAUACUUGUACAAUCUCAUGAGGAAGUACUCAAAGUUCUUCAGAAGUGAGACUGGUGAUGAUACAGAUUCUCAGGGAUCGUCUCCAUGCUCGCCAACAGUAUUAGGCGUGGAUGAUAUGUGUAGUCCAUACAUCAAUGGCCGUGCAUUUGGUAGACAGAUUUUGAGCAGUCAGUCGUUCAAUUCAAGGUUUGGAUCUUUCAAUUCUAGGCUCGGAUCAUUCAAUUGCAGACGUGCUGCUGGUGGUGGUCCAAGGUCUGGGAAUAUCUCAGUCCCUCCUGAAGAACUUAGGUGCCCUAUUUCCUUACAACUCAUGUAUGAUCCAGUCAUCAUUUCAUCCGGGCAGACUUAUGAGCGUAUUUGCAUCGAGAAAUGGUUCAAUGAUGGUCACAGCACAUGUCCUAAAACUCAGCAGCAGCUUGCCCACCUGUCAUUGACUCCAAACUACUGUGUUAAGGCCCUGAUUGCCAGCUGGUGCGAGUCGAACGAUUUUCCACUUCCUGAUGGUCCACCAGGAACUUUUGAUGUAAACUGGAGACUUGCUUCCUCUGACACUGAGGCUACAGGUUGUGUGUCUGUUGAAAGCUUUGAUUGUACCAGUGCAAAGAGCGUCAAGAUUGUCCUGAUGGAGGAUGCUAGAAAAGAGGAGCCAGCAAACAGCGUAUCUGGAACGCUGGAUGACGGUUCUUGUAACGAUUUCGAUCUGAACGAAGGCUAUGGGAGCCUGCUGCUCUUGCUUCAUGAAAGAAGUAACAUGGACAAGCAGUGCAGGCUGGUGGAGCAGAUAAGGUAUCUUCUGAAAGACGACGAGGAAGCAAGGAUCCAGCUAGGCUCAAAUGGCUUUGCCGAGGCACUGGUUGAGUUCUUGAGGAAUGCUGUGGAUGAUGGAAAUGAGAAGGCACAGGAAGUCGGUGCAAUGGCUCUUUUCAAUCUCGCAGUCAACAAUAACAGAAACAAGGGACUCCUGUUAUCUGCCGGAGUAGCCGGUCUACUUGAGCAGAUGAUAUCGAAUCCACGCCUAUCUGGUCCUGCCACAGCACUCUACCUUAACCUUUCCUGCCUUCCUGACGCAAAGGCCGCCAUCGGUUCAAGCCAGGCGGUGCCAUUCCUAGUCGACUGUCUGUAUAUCCAAGACGCCAGCGACACAAACGGCAGCUCCAGCAAGCACGACGCCCUGUACACGCUGUACAACCUGUCGAGCCACCAGGCCAGCGUGUCGGCGCUUCUAGCCGCAGGCAUCGUGGACGCCCUCCACCGCCUGCUCGCGGAGUCUGCAGCGCCUCCGGAGGAGGGGCUUGGCUGGACAGAGAAGGCUCUCGCGGUGCUCAUCAGCCUGGCGGCCACCGAGGCUGGCAGGAAGGAGAUCGUGUCCACCCCUGGUCUGGUCAGCACGCUGGCGACGGUUCUGGACACGGGCGAGCCGACGGAGCAGGAGCAGGCCGUGUCGUGCCUGCUGGUGAUGUGCAGCGCCGACGACGAGUGCGUCGCGGCGGUGCUCCGGGAAGGGGUGGUCCCGUCCCUGGUCUCCGUCUCGGCGGCCGGGACGGGGCGGGGCAGGGAGAAGGCCCAGAAGCUCCUCAAGCUGUUCAGGGAGCAGAGGCAGCGGGACACCGCGCCGGCGCCGCAACCCCAGCAGCAGCUGCUGCAGAGCCAGCUGGCGGAGGGCGGGAAUGGUGGCGGUGCUAUUAUCGCGUGCCACCACCGGGAGUCGAAGCCGUUGUUCAAUGUCAAGUCCAGGAAGCUGGGCAGGACGCUGAGCUCUCUGUGGAAGAACAGGGGCUUCUCGCUGUACCAGUGCUAGGAUGCAUGCUAGAGUAGUAUGUGUUUUUGAGUUGAUCAGUGGGUUGUGUACAUCGUCUUCUGCCUUGUUUUCCGCUUGGUCCUUUUCCUCUUCUCUGGGGUAUUGUUCUGUUUCGGGGUAAGAAAGAGGAGAGUGAAAACAUUGGUGUUCUUCCCCCACCUCCUCGGUGGGGUGAUGUAGGGCAUUUUCCAGUUUGGCUUUGGCCUUGUCAAGAGCUGUGUACAGUUGUUUCUUCUUUACAGGUCUUCGGUUCUCUGUCA